AAUGACAAAACGCCUGAAGUUCGAACACGUGUCGGUAUUGGCAGAAGAUGACGUCAUCGUUCAGUCAAAGCGGCCACUCAUCACGGCACUUCAAGUUGCCGGUCAAAUGGGAAGACUAGCGGAGAGUAAGCUGGACGUAGAGAAGUACUUGGAGAUCAGCGGUCGGUUAGAAAAGUUUGCAAUCGCAAUGACAAACUCGCAGAAUUCUUCGCUAACCGAAUUGAGCACGGAGGUUUUGUUUGCUGCCGUCGAAAACAAGCAGAAAGAGUUUAUUGCAGAGAACAACGUUCAAGAGUUUCUCGAGGAGACGUGGUACGGUCGUCGGCGCUCGUCAGCGACGCACACGGUACUUACAGGUUUUCUCUGCCUCUUCAGGCUCAUCCUCCUUCCAUAUCUUCUACUCUUUUACGCUCUACCUCGCUACGGUCGCAACUACCACUCGUUCACGAGGUCAUUCGUGCUCGACGUUUUUCCACCAUCGGCCAGAUAUUGUGCGAUGGUCAUCACAUACAUCUUCUUCAUUUCCCUCUUUGUUAACGACUGUACGAUGAUUACCGGUCUACCCGUGUCAAUACAGCCCGAUAUCGGCGACCACAUUCUUUUCGGUUUUGUUCUGGGAUUGAUGGCGCGCGAGGUCGGCGAGAUGGUAAUCCGAGGUGUGCGCUCGUAUUUUAGCAGUUGGCUCAACUGUCUCGACAUCACAAUGAUUGUUCUAUUGAUUUUUCACUUUACAAUUCGCACUGCCGAUCUUUGUGGCGCGUGGUAUUUCGAUGAGAGUCACGUCGAUUUGGGUCCGUACUUGCGUGUUUCUACAUUGCUGUAUGGUCUGGGUGCGGUUGUCGCCAUUCUUCGCUUGCUCGCCUAUCUGCGACCGUUCAAGACCAUCGGACCAAUCCAAGUCGCGUUCAAGAAGAUUCUAAAAGAGACGGCGUCGUUUCUCGUUAUCUGGUUCGUAUUUCUGUUGGCGUUUGCUGUUGCGAUGACGGUCGUCUAUACCGCGUCCGCCUACGGCAUUUCGGACAACGAAUGCCUUCGCGCUGUGGCUAACGGGACGGAUAUCGCAAGUAUGUCGUGGAACGAGCGUAGGCAACUACAAUACCAAUGCGCUGAACAAAUCUACCAGCAAGUCGUUCCAGCCGUCGUGAAAGGAUUGCUUUCGUCAUUCAGUAGCUUGUUCUAUGCAUCGUUCGGAUUGAUCGACGUCGACGACUUCACCACCGUCACUGACCUCGAAUCUGUGAUCGGAAAAUUACUGUUGAAUCUCUGGCUAUUGGUCGGCGUCGUCGUUCUAGUCAAUCUAUUGGUGGCAAUAGUGACGAAUGCAUUUCAAAAAGUCCAAGAUCAUGCAGAUGUCGAGUGGAAGUUUGCGAGAGCGGCGUUGCUGUUCGAAAUCAUGAAUUCUCCGAUAUUCGUGCCACCGUUUAAUCUUCAAUAUUACGUCGUUCUUCUGAUUGCUCGAUGUGUGACGCCUUGUCUUCGAAGACACGAGGGUGAACUAGAGACAGAAGACGGAGACGUAGAGAUGACUUCUGUGGCAUCAUCGGUCGGUAGUGAUCGCAAAGAUUUGCUGAAAUGUUUGCAACAACAGCAAGAGGAUGAAUACUGCAACAAUCCGACGACAAUUGGAGAUCUAAAGAAAUUGGAGGAGAAGUUGGAGGCUAUGCAAGAUGUCUUGUCUGCGAUCUCGUCGUCUGCGGUUACUUGUCCUCAUUGUUGUCAGUUGGUGCCUUUAGCUACAACAGAAGCAAAUUCGCGUGGGAGCGAUGUAUAACUAAAGAAACAGAGAGGUAAACACGUUUGUAGUGCAGACCGUGUAGGAGAGAGUUUUGCAUAGUUUUAGUAUAGUGCAUAGACUUGCAUAGACUCUAGCAAGUUAGAAAUAUAUUAUUGCAACAGGCUAUUGUAA